UUCAGUCACGUGAUGAAGUCAACACAGGAAGUAAUGAUGGCGACCGCCUACGAGAGGUUCAAUUUGCAUGCGACUGUGGAUAAGUUCUACAUUGAAGCCUGUGAUGAUGGCGCCACUGAUGUCCUUGUCAUUGAUCGGAUUUCCAUGGAGAUGACCCUCACAGGAACUCAUGACAUCCCUCCAUCUGGCAUCACUCGGCCCAUCUGUGGCAUUAUGGGAACAAUUCGGAUGGUGGCCGGCAUGUACCUUAUCGUUAUCACACGAAAGAAGAAGAUGGGUGAACUGGCUGGCCACACCGUUUGGAAGGCAACUGAGUUUGACGUGAUCCCUUACAGGAAGACCAUCCUGCACCUCACAGAGAGUCAGAGUCAGGAGAACCGCAUGUUCCUCAGCAUGAUCACCAGCGUGCUGAACACCGACGGCUUCUACUUCUGCACCGACUACGACCUCACUCACACCCAGCAGAGACUGGCCAACACCAGCCCAGACUUCCAGGAGAUGAGCCUUCUGGAGCGAGCAGAUCAGAGGUUUGUUUGGAACGGCAACCUGCUCAGAGACAUCAUUGGCCAGCCUGAGCUACACAAGUUUGCCUUCCCCGUCAUCCAUGGCUUUGUGGUGAUGAAGCCGUGCAGCAUCAAUUCCAAGAUCUUCGAGUGGAUCCUUAUCUCCAGACGCAGCUGCUUCAGAGCCGGAGUGCGCUACUAUGUCAGAGGCAUUGACUCUGAGGGGCAUGCCGCAAACUUUGUGGAGACGGAACAGAUUGUGCAGUUCCAAGGGGCGCGUUCCUCCUUUGUCCAGACACGAGGUUCAAUGCCGUUCUUCUGGUCUCAGCGGCCCAACCUGAAGUACAAGCCCAAGCCCCUGAUCAGCAACAGCACCAACCACAUGGAUGGCUUCAAGAGGCAUUUUGAGUCUCAAGUGCUUAUCUAUGGCAAGCAGGUCCUACUCAAUCUGGUGAAUCAAAAGGGCUCCGAAAAGCCCCUGGAGGAGGCCUUUGCAAAGAUGGUGGACGGAAUGGAAAACGGCCUGAUUAGGUAUGUUGCCUUCGACUUCCAUAAGGAGUGCAGCAAGAUGCGCUGGCAUCGGCUGCAGCUCCUGGUGGACGAUGUAGCGGAGAAUCAGGACGAGUACGGGUACUUCUGGGUGGACUCCGACAAGAAGGUGAUGUCUCAACAGAGUGGCAUAUUCCGCAGUAACUGCAUGGACUGUCUUGACCGGACCAAUGUCAUCCAGAGUCUUCUGGCCCGACGCUCACUGCAAAGCCAGCUGCAGAGGAUGGGUGUCCUCAAUGUUGGCCAGAAGGUUGAUGAGCAGGCAGACUUUGAGAAGAUCUAUAAAAAUGCCUGGGCCGAUAACGCUGACGCGUGUGCUGUGCAGUAUGCAGGCACCGGUGCCCUCAAGACUGACUUCACCAGGACAGGGAAGCGAUCUCAGUGGGGUUUAGUCAUGGACGGGUGGAACUCCAUGAUCCGCUACUACAAGAACAACUUCUCAGAUGGCUAUAGACAGGAUUCUAUUGACCUGUUCCUGGGCAACUACACGGUGGAUGACACAGAAGGACCAACGCCCUUGCAAGUGCAGAAGGACUGGAAGUUCAUGAUGCUGCCUCUCGUCCUGUUGGUGGCCUUCUCCAUGUGCAUACUCUGCCUCCUAAUGGCCGGCGACACCUGGACCGAGACGCUGGCGUAUGUGUUGUUUUGGGGCAUGGCCAGUGCAGUCACCGGCGCGGUCAUAGUCUUCAAUGGGAAGGACUUUGUGGAUGCCCCCAAGCUGGUCCAGAAGGAGAAGAUGGACUGAGACCACGUGUGUUAGUGUGUCUCUGUGUGUGUGUGUGUGUGUGUGUGUGUGUGUGUGUGUGUGUGUGUGUGUGUGUGUGUCGGUGUGUGUUUGGGUGUGUUAAACGGUUUGACUCUUGCAGUUUGUACCUCCUCUCUACUGGACUUGCUGCCUCUCUUUUGAGUGGGACCCUACACUUCCCAAUGUGUCUUCUGUCUUUUUUCCUAAUUCUGUGUGGACACUACAUCUCUCCUCGCUCUCCUACCCUCUGUGAAGACCCCCUCACAGUCUCUUCCCAGCCCUCCGCUCCUGUGUGCCCCAUGAGGUGCCGCAGUCCUCCCCUCGUGGCAACGGCGUUUCCUCAUUGCUUUGUUAAAUCAGCUGACUUGGAGCCAUCUCUGUAGGCUUAGUAAAGACCAGAACUUUCCCUUCAGAGAUCCGAACGUGGUGGGAGAGAUUCCGAGGACUCCAGACUCUCUUCUGAUAGACCUCUCUCUCUCUCUCUCUCUUUCUCUUUCUCUCUCUUUCUCUCUCUCUCUUUGCUGCUGGGGAACUGUUGAGGGCAUUCCAUUCUCCUGAGUUGAGUUUGCACUUUUUCCUGUGGUCAUCAGUCUGAGGAUUAGUAUGAUAGGUUAAAGUAGAUUGUGUUUCCUGUCUGGUUCUUACUAUUGAAUGUAAUUAGCCUUACUGAAGCAUUCGCUAUAAACGUAUUAACCCUAAUGUUUUAAUCAUGUGAAAUUUGGGUGAAAAGCAAGGCAAAGCAGAGCAAAUAGCACUGGUCCUGAAAAGCCUAACUCUUGCUGAGCUCAUCUGCAAGGCUUCGUUUGAAACAGGGCAUUCAGUUUUUCAAAACACUACAUUACAUGCAUAAGGUAUUGGCUCCAGUAGAGUUUGUUAGGGCAAUACCCACACACAGAUUUGCGGGGAACAGAUUUGGUCAGAUUUCCAUUACGACUUUAUUUGGACCAGUGCGCUGAACGUUUGCAGACUGUUUCAGGGACGUUGGGACACAUAAAAAUCAGAAUGUACUGUAGAUAACCCCUCAGUGAUGCCUUUCCGAGCAUUCCUCAUCCAAAAAAAAAAACCGAGCUAGAUCAGCCAUUGGGAGAAAUGAACAUGACUGCAAGUUGGUUCUGAUACUUUAUUGUUAAAUGUUGCUGUGCUUUGAAACAAGAUCCAACUCCAGCAGCUUUAACAUGCACACAGCACCUGAGGUGCUCACGGUUUAAUGUCUCCUGAUGUGGAUAUGUGUUUUGAUGAACUAUUACUUCAGUAUAGUUGAUUAAGUACUGUAUGUCAUCUCAGACUGUGCUCUUCAAUUCAGUUCCAUAAAACAUAUCUGUGUUGAUCUGAACUGUAAAAUUGUACAUGCAAACUAAUCUGUGUAAUUAUGUAUUGUACUCCUAUAUUUUACCAAAUUGUUCGUAAAGACAUGAGCACUUGAAAGUUAUUAGUAGCAAUGCGUGACCACAUUACUGUUGAUGCUGGCAACCAUCUUGAUUUUCCUCAUGGCAGUGUACAGUAUUGUAUGAAAGGCCUGACGUUUGAAUCAUGCACAUGUAGAUCAUUCCAGAUUUCCUUAAAUUUAAGCAAGCAUGCUCCUGAAUUGCAUUCAUGAAGGCUAUGAUUGAUCAUGAUCGAUAAAGUCGUCCUCUGUCUACUUGAUCAAGUUACCUGUUGACCAAUGAAAAUGUGUCUCAUUUUAUUUCACGGGCAGUAUUCACUUCCUGUAAUGAAAAAUGUAAGGAAACUUAAAUCUGAUAGCAUUCUGUUUUACUCUCAGACUAUUAAAACAUUUUCCAGACAUCUA